ACUAAAAUGGCGUCAAAAUGUUUUGUUUAAGAGUGUAUAUCUUGGUCAUAUUCGGGUGAUAAAGUCACAAAACAGAGAGUCUGAGUACUAGUCAGGUGACAGCGAUGAACUGAAUUGAGUGACAGGAGCGGCCGACCAAUCGUUAUUCGUUCUGGAAUCCGGACAGCGAAUCAGAAUCAAAAGGGGGCGGGGACAAAAGGAGAGAGGAAAUCCUAGGGAAAUGUGUGAGAUCACGCUCGGUGUUUCCGAGUAGCCUGGGCUUUAUUGACAAACUACACUCAUUGUGUCACGGUAGUUUGUGGCGCACACCGAACACGGGUGUGGUGACCGACAAGUGACGGGGGUAGGGGGGGUAAUAAAGAAGGGGGGAAGCUGUCAAAAUGUCGAUCCAGUACGAGGUGGAACAGCUGGCGGACAGCUACGGGGUGGCCGACUCCUUCCCCAAAGACUUCGGCUACGGAGAGGAGGAGGAGGCCGACAUCGAGGACAGCCCGGCGGCGUCCGACAGCAAGCCGAGGAUCCUGCUCAUGGGUCUGAGGAGAAGUGGGAAGUCCUCCAUACAGAAGGUGGUGUUCCACAAAAUGUCUCCCAAUGAGACGUUGUUCCUGGAGAGCACCAACAAGAUCUACAAGGACGACAUCUCCAGCAGCUCCUUUGUCAACUUCCAGAUUUGGGACUUCCCGGGUCAGGUGGACUUCUUCGACCCCACCUUCGACUACGAGAUGAUCUUCAGAGGAACCGGGGCUUUGAUAUUUGUCAUCGAUGCUCAGGAUGACUAUGUGGAGGCCCUGGGCAGGCUUCACCUCACUGUGUCUCGGGCCUACCGAGUCAAUCCAGAGAUCAACUUCGAGGUGUUCAUCCACAAAGUGGACGGCCUCUCAGACGAUCACAAGAUAGAAACCCAGAGAGACAUCCAUCAGAGGGCCAACGACGAUCUGGCAGACGCCAGCUUAGAAAAGCUGCAUCUCAGCUUUUACUUGACGAGUAUUUAUGACCACUCCAUCUUUGAGGCCUUCAGCAAAGUGGUGCAGAAGCUCAUCCCUCAGCUUCCCACGCUGGAGAACCUCCUAAACAUCUUCAUUUCGAAUUCAGGGAUAGAGAAGGCCUUUCUGUUCGAUGUGGUCAGUAAGAUCUACAUCGCCACAGACAGCUCUCCUGUGGACAUGCAGUCCUAUGAACUGUGCUGUGAUAUGAUCGACGUGGUCAUUGACGUCUCCUGCAUCUACGGUCUGAGGGAGGACGGCAGUGGCAGCGCCUACGACAAGGAGUCCAUGGCCAUCAUUAAGCUCAACAACACGACUGUGCUGUACCUGAAGGAGGUCACCAAGUUCCUGGCCCUUGUCUGCAUCCUGAGAGAAGAGAGCUUUGAGCGCAAAGGAUUAAUAGACUACAAUUUCCACUGUUUCCGGAAGGCCAUCCAUGAAGUAUUUGAGGUGGGCGUUUCCACCCCGCGUCCAACUGGCACCCAGGCGGUGGGCUCGCCCUGCACCAAGGCCGUGGCCCUGAACGGCACGCCACGCAACACUGUCUAAACACUGAUGUUUAGUAAAGCGAAACAAAAAAAAAGCAAAAAGACCGGAGAGGGAAGGACAGACGGAGAAGGGCCAGAGAGCCUGUAGAGGAGAGACUACUAAACCGGGGCUCACCGGCACACCAAUCCCAAUCCCUUUGCCCCCCCCCCACCACCACCCCCACCCCCAGCACCCAGUAACACCAAGUACUGUGAGACAGCACUGGAGCACACAGCGGGGUCAGGCUUCCCAAGCUGUGAUGGAAGGGAAAAAUUCAAGCAUUCGUUUCAAGUGAAUGCAAAGCACUGUGUUGGCUGUGAGGAAGUCAAAGAGAGUAGAACUGCACCUGGACAGGACAAAGGUUCAGGAGCUUUCUUUUUUGGAUUUCCUAUAGCGGUCAAAGGCUGCGACAAUAAGCUGCUGGUCUCUCUUAAUGAACAAUGUGAGGAGGGAAAAACAAACCCUUGUCGUCGACUCUUGCUCGCGGACAAACGGUGAUGUCAGUGUGCAGGAAUCUGUCUCGUGAAGAACCCCACCCGCGACCACUUCUGUGCUGAUUUAAAAAGAUGGUGGAUGUGAACUGCUAGUCCUAACCCACACAUGUUCAGAGAUGGCCUUAUGUAGAUAAAGCUUGUCUGCAAUGCAAGCUUUUCUCUCACCACCACUCACCUCACGCUACCUGAAUGCUGCCCAAAACUCGCUUUUUGGUUUCACUCGAGAAGGGAAAACAAGGUUUUGUGAGCAGACUGAAAAGGGAUUGUGCUGUCCAUCUGACUUGGUCUUUUGUGUGUGAAUGCAGGUAUAUAUAUAUAUAUAUGUAUGUGUGUGUGUGUGUGUGUCAAUGAAAGGUUUUAAUUAGAUUCGGGACCUUUUUACAGAAAGAGUUUAUGUUUCCUUCUCAAUAACAGCAGCUUAGCAUAUUUAAAUCUUUUCAAUCGGUGAAAGUAACGUUUCUGUGUGUGCUCCACUGAAAAUCAAACUUUUGAUUAAGUUUGUGAUAGUUUGUUUAGAAAAAACUAAAUUGUUUGGAAAUUGUCUUUGCAAAAGCACUGCCAAAAUGAUUUAGUGGCUCAGUCAAAAGUAAAACAAUUAAAGUAUGUCAUGAUGAAAACCUUGGUUUUUUUUCACCAUGUAAGAAAGAAAAGUAGUCGGUCGAGAUGCAGGACUGAUGCAGGGUUUCACACUCAACAUUGUCCGUCUGAGACAUUUUGGGAUGAUGAUGAUGAUAUGAACCGGUUGAAACGUGCAUGUUUUUUGUUUUUUUGUUUUUUUUCACCUACAAGAUCCAGCCCUGCCCAAAAAAUAAUGAACCCAUGUUGUGUAUUUAGUUUGGCUCUGUUCAGCUGGAUCCACAGAGGACAAAAUGUACCCAUUCCAAGCAUGCAUCCGUCGGUGUGUUGUCAACCUGUAUCCUGCUCAACCGUAACACUGCUCAUUGCAUUCAAAGGCGAGAGAGUGAAAAAUGAAGCUAACCAAGACAAUUAAACGCAUAAACAAGAAGGGUGGGCGGGAAAAGACCAAAAUUCUUUACUUUUGCCAUUACAGUGACACACGAUAUGUUCAUGCCUGCGUGUUUAUUUCAGGGGUGAGAUGUGGGAACUCUGGCUGCAUCUAAAGAAACAGGAACCUGAGUCACGAAGCACGACGUACAAGUCAUCUUUAUACAUUUGCUGAGUAAAACUCCCGUUAGACGUUUGCUUUGCCAGAUUUUAAGGUGUUUGGGGGAUUUUACUUAGCAGAAGUUAUUUUGAUAACUCCGUGAUUUCGCUUCUUGAAAACGGAGCUCUGAAUCUCCUCAACCUAGUCGUAAUCAGCCAGCAGAAAAUACACACUUGCACAUCGGAACUGUGAUGGAUGAUUGAUUUCAUGUAUUGUAAUGCUAUACUUAUGUGAAAUAAAUGAACAUUUAAAUUUUA